CUAUUUUUAUUUUUCUCUAUUUUCUUAGAUUUUUAUUUUUUCUUCUUCUUCUUUGCUGCAGCUCUAGCGUUUCGAUUCCUCGCCUCCGCACGCUUCGUUCCGCGCUCUCCCCCUGCGGCAAAUGUUCCUUGACUGGAUUGCCCAGCUCGGGUUGCUCCAGCACGAUGAAGACACCAACGUGCUGACGCCGUUCCCGUGGGAGGCCCGGCGCGGCAUUGCGUCGCUGGUCGUCAACCAUCUGAUUCACUCGCGCGACGUGCUGCUCGCGUCUGCCACCACUGCGAGUACUGCUGCUGCUGCUGCAACUGCUGCUGCUGCUGCUGCUACAGCUGGUGGGGCAGGAGGAUUCGGUGGUGCCGGAACGGGUACGAUCGCAUCAUCGGGCGCUGCAUCUGGACAGCCAACACCGUCCACAUCAGCAACCCUCACGGCGGUUGGUGGGGCGGGAUCCGGGGCGGGAGGAUCUGGGGCAGCUGGUGGGAGCGGGGCGAGCGGCGUCGCGUCACUCAACCCGACGUUUGGCACCACCAUGCUCAACGGCGCAAUACCGCCAGUGCCCGCGCACCCGCCAGCGCCAGUGCACCAGCGCAUUACGAGCCACGCACACCUGCGAUUCAUCCUGGAGGUGACUGGAACGUCGCUUGCACUGCCUCUGGACGAUGCCGACACGAUUGCAAAGACAAUAGACUUGUACAAGGAUUGGCUACCAGGUCGCUCAAACUACCCGACCGUCGCCGUGCCAACCUGCAUCCUCGACACGCCAGAGCACUACUACCAAAUCAUGUUCAAACACUUUAGCCUACUAUUUUUGACGCGGAAAACAAUCCAGCCGGAAAGCACCUUCAAACGCGCCGAGCUCUGCUUGAAGGCACUUGACAUUGUGCAGAACGCCCUGCGCGCAAUUGGCGACACAAUGACGUCCGCCACAUGGGAUGUGUUGUUAAAGACGCUGAUUGGCAUUGCCGAUUCGCUCUUGCAGCAACCGGCUCGUUCGGGCGACUUGGCCGAGCUGCUCUGUCCCAGUUUGUUAAACACCAUCUUUAACUCUUGGCUGCGCGCCUGUGCCUCGUGCUUUCCCACUCCCACUCUGUGGGCCUCGUUCAAGGUCAUGUGCUGCAAGUGGCGUCAUCGAAUGGGCCUCAUCGCGGUGUGGAAUGCGGCCAACCAGGCACUCACAAAACGCAUGAUGCGCAUCCUUUACGGCGAGACCGAGGGGACGGCGUCCGUGUUCUUCACCGUCGACCACAAGGGCAGCCUUGUCUUCCAAAGCGUCAUUGACAUGCCCGACGAUUGCGUCAUCCAGUCAUGGCACCGCAUGCUCCAUUUGAUCGACGACCCCAACAACAUUGCCGAUCCCAAAAUCUUCCUUAGCGCCAUGCAGGGUCUUGCGCGGCUUGUCGAAAUAUUUAUUCCCGACGAUGAAGUCCGGCCACUACCACCACCGCCGAACGACACGCGUGCGGGGAAGCGGCCAUCGGGCAACAGCAUUUUGCAUGUGCUCGGCUCUUGGCUGUUCGCCGCCGUGUUCAGCCCGCACACAGCGCCGAACGGGUUGGAAGAAGGCCGCGCGGAGGCACACUAUGCACUGUGUCGCCUUUUCACCAACCAACAACACUACUCGCUCCGAUAUCAAACCGAAGACCAGUUUUUGCCAAAAUACCUGGCUCGCUUUUAUUGUGCGCUACUGGUCGGCCUUCGGCAAGACUCGCUGGCCCAGACGGCCAUCAUUCUGUAUUGCGGACGCCUCUUCCCACUCGAGCUGGAGGGCUGCCGCAUGCUCGUGCCGUCCUUUUUAGGCACCAUCGAAGCCAUCCUGUGUCUGCGCCCUCGUCAGCAGCAAAGCAUGUCCGUGUUCCACGAUACACCCGUGAACGAGCUGCGUCGCGCCUCCAUCAAGCUGCUCAACACCAUUGUUAGCCUGCCAUAUCACUUUUGGGAGCUCCCCAUUCAGCAGCCAACCAGCACCAUUGCCGCUGCAGUCAGCAACUCGCCCUCCAUUGCCGCCAAGGUCAGCUCGGGCGCUAAGCUCUCUGCGCUUGAUUUCACCGUGACGUCUGGCGCCAUUGGCCUUCCGCCAGGCGACGCCAGCUUCAGCCCAGAGCCCGCCUUCUCGGCGGAAUCGGGCUUGCAGACCCCGCUGCAACUCGCACUGGCGUUGCAUCAACAGCAGCUCUCGCUGCUCCAAGUCGAGCAGCAGCAACAGCUUAGCCAACUCCGGGAUCACAUGCUCGCCGUCGAAGCCACCGACCUGCAACCGAUCGGUUCCAGCGAUUCGCCGCGCAGCCCCAACCCUCAAGUCACCUUAGAUUUGGUCGAUGGCAGUCCGCCGCCGCCUCGGCCUGCGCGCCAAGGGUCGUACUCGAACGCCAUCGGCACGUCCUUGGACGAUUUGACCACAGGCGCCUCCGACACGGAAGCAGGCAGCGGCAGCACUCAGCCAAAGGCCUCAGCGUCGUCCAUAUCACCGACGCUUGGCAAGCCCUCUGCUCAGUGGCAUACGCGCGUGACGAGCGAGGACAUGGGCCAGGAGGAGCCUCAGCCCGGAUUGGCCACGCGGACGUCCAUGCGCGAGGCGACAAAACCUCAGAUCAACCGCCGAUACAACUCGAUUCCAGGCGUUGCGAUAUCUCGAGACGCAUCCGUGCCCAUGCCACUUUCUGAGCCCCUGUCGUUCGUCCAGCUCAAGCAACGCACGGUGGAAGUGUUUUUGCUCGCACUCGACACCGAAACGGACAAUCUCAACUGGCAGAUCCUGCUGUAUUCGAUGCUUGUGAUUGUGUACGAGGACAUUGAGCUCAACCCACUGGUCGGCUCCCGUGCCUUCCGCACAAUUCUGCAACAAUUGCGACAAUUUUCGUGGCCACCCGAUGUUACACACGCUGCCUUUGGCGUCUUGUCGAGCGCUGCAUCGCUGCAUCGCAAGCUGGAGGGAUGCGACCCCACCCUCGCUCGUGACUUGGUCUUGACUCUCUGCUGGUACAUUGAGGAGCAGGCCAACCAGCCAACGCAGCGCCACACCCGCGAUUUGCACUCGAUGAUUGUCGCUGCAUACCACUGCGUUAUUGCGUGGAUUCUGACCGACCAGUGGCUCAUGCGCGAUCGGCAGUGUCUCGAAGCCGUGAUUGAGGCUAUCGAGCUUGGUCUCACUGGCCAGCAGUCGCGGGAGGCGGACGACAACGGGUUUAUCAACUUGGUCGUGCCCCCGACAAUGGACUUUAUCCCACCAUACCCCUCGGCGCCGACGCCGCAGCAAAUUCUCAUCCCGCCCCCGUUCGGACCGCAGCCAAACCCCCCGCCGCCGACCGUCACUUUCGAUGACUCUGCCAGCAGGUCCCGUCGCGGCAGCGCGGACAAGACGGCCGCUGCUACCAAUCCAGCCACCACCGCCCAAGUGGAGCCGCACAAGCCGACGACGGCCUCGGACAAUGCGGCCCAAGAGCAAAAUGGCGAACAACGCAGGCCGAGCGUGCCUGAGGCGCACGGCGACGAGGCUCAAUCACUCGCCAAAGCCUCCCGAGCCGACGGCGCGGAGGGUGGCACUGACACCACUGCUUUGCUGGUGGCCGGCGUCUCGAUUGUGCCCCCUGGCAUGGCCAAGACAGUCAAAAAGGCCCAUCCGGCGUCGCGCCGUGUCAAAGACGCUGCCGAGCUGCUUCUCGUCUAUCUCGCCAACCAUGUCGGCAACUUCCCGGCCUCUUCCGGACCAGCAUGUCUAUCAACCCUGGCGCGAGAGCGCGAUCUGCUUCGCGGGCUGCGAGACCAGCUGCGCCAGUCCCAGGCGCUCUCGGCAAACGAGCCAGGCUCGCCGUUCCAUUCCGGUGCUUCUUCUCCGAUCAACCAGCGGCUGUCAAUGGGGCUCCCUUCUCCCGCCGAAAAGAAGCCUCGUCUCGAAGGUUACUUGCGCUACUUUGCCAUUGACAACGGCACGCUGUUGUGCUUGAUGGAGAGCCCCACCCCGUCGUCCUCGCCGGCUGUGACAGUCGUCGCUCGCGACCACACGGGCCGUUACUCGUGGACGGUCGAACUGCGCUAUCUUUCGCGUCAAGUCGCGCUCACGGACAAGGGCGUCGUGCCUGCCAACCGCCCAGACCCCGAAGACAUGCUUCCUGUCGUCUUUGACCCGCGUCCCUGGUAUCCGGCAGACGAAAACCCGACCACCGGGCGUGUUGGCAUCACGGGACAGAUCGACCUGGCUGUCAAGCCUUUGAGCUCGUUCGUCCCGAGCAUGUCCGAGCUGGUCGCCGGUACCUGGGUCCAAGGCCUGCAAAACGCGUUAGACUCGGUCCUGAGCAAGCAAAUUGCGCUCGAGGCGUCCCGCGCAGACGCCAACACUCUAGACAUUUUACAGACACCCUUCCCAGACCCCGAAACGUCCCUCAAGCCUCCUCCUCGGACCAGCAUGUACUCUGGGGCCAGCAAGUUCCAAGCCGGCCGCAUUCUGCUUUCCCAGUUUGGUCAAUGGCACGUGGAGAACAUUAUCAGCCAGUCCGUGUCCGACCUCGUGGUUGCCAUCUCUCAAAAUGCCGAAAAGACAUCUGUGACUGUCAAUGUUGGUCCUGGCGUUGGCGGCGGAAGCAGUGACGCGUCUACAGGAGCUGGUGGCGCCAGUGGCGCUGGUGGCGCUGGCGGCGUGGCGAUCAACGCCACCGGCACCGCAAGUGCAAACGCGGCUUCGGGUAACCUUGCCUCUGGUGGUGGCAGCGGCUAUGGAACACUCUCUGGAGGCUCCAUGGGCGUUUCGGCUGGUUUGGCGAUUCAGCGCUCUGGCGUUGUGCAGCAUUCUGUCGGACCGGCGUCCAACCUCGAAUUCCCAUCCAACCGCGAAGAAAGAAGCCAGCUGGCCUCGUUCAUCAGUGCUGGCUCGACGCUGGUGUCUGGUGUGACGAUGAGUGCGCUCCAGGCGGUCGUUGGCGGACAAUCUGCCAACAGCUCGACUGCGACGCAUAACGCCGCAGUCUCUGGGCCGUCCGCCUUGAACCGGGUGCUCACUGGAGGACCGAUGGCGCCGCCGAGACUGGUCGAGUGCGAAAUUAGCCCCGAGUUUGUCAAGGCGCUGGAUCUGCUCGAUCACCUGCCCGAGCGCGAUGUUGAUACUGUCAGUGUUCUCUACGUGUACAGCGGACAGAACACGCAAGAAGACAUUCUCGGCAACGAUGUGGGCAGCCACGACUUUGCGACCUUUGUGGAGGGUCUGGGCUGGCCUGUGAACAUUACGACGCAUCCAGGCGCCAAGGCCGAUCUUUCCGCGCAGUGCUGCAACACAUUCCCAUACUACGCAGAUCCUCUGACGGAAGUCGUCUUCCGUGUGCCCUCCAUGUUCCUCCAUGUACCCUCCACACAGGACGCGAGCGGAGCUGACGGCAGCGUGAACUUUUUCGGAGUCAAUCUCCCGCGGUCGACCUCGACUGCAUCGACGAGCCAGGCCCAGCAGGUGGCUGCAUCGCCAAAGCCACUCGUGAGCGCGGCCUCGGUUUCAGAGUCUCAGGCAUCCCGGGUCACAACGCCGGGCGGCGCCAACCCACCGACACGUCUCAAUGUCAGCAUUGACAAGAUUCGGCGCGGCGUCGAGCGAGACCAAGUCAUUGUCGCUUGGCUCGAGGACUUUGACGACUCGCUGACCUUCCCAUUCAUUGUGGACGGCGUGACGCAGCUUCGCAUGCCACAUGCCGCGAUUGGCGCACCAGGCCACGGACCAGGCACUGCUGGCCGAAGCGGCGUGGUCUCCCUCAACCCAUCCUUCUCGCGAGAAUUCCGGCCACCGUUGCCGUCACAGCAGGCAAGCGAUGCUUCCGCCACUAGUGCUGGUGCCGAUUCGCAGUACUCGGCAUCUGCAAGCGCUUCGAACGAUUCGGCAGCCGCAUCAACCGCAGCAGCAGCAGCAGCAGCAGCAGCAGCGAGCGGGGGGCGUCGACAACCUCGCGCACCUCGCCGCACUUCGCGGCCGCGCUUGCCACGGGCGCUCACCAUCCUCCCAACACCAAGGCCAUCAUCUUUGUCCAUCCGCUGCCAUGCGGACUGUAUCGCAUUGGCGUGGUCAGCGACGCGCUCAUGGGCCCGCUGCUUGACGGCAUGGUUGUCAGUCGCCGCGUCCUUGCUCCGAUGGUCCGCGAAACCGCCAUGAAUGUCUGCCGUCUCGUACGCCAGCUGCAAGAGCCAUCCCUCCGCCCCCAAAACAUGCGCAAGCGUGCGAUUGAAGAGCUCGUUGCGCGUUUCCGUCGCGACCAGUCUCCCGCUUCGCUCUACGCUUCCUUGUUUGCCGACCAUUCCAACUAUGUUGGAUUUGGCCUCGAUGCGCGAGGAGAGUCGGCGUCUUUGUCCCGCCACGAUUCAUCGGCCGUGUAAGCGCGGCUUGUUGAUUUCUGUUCGUCGUCGUGCAAGGACUUUACGCCCACUCCAGCCCCGUUUUUUGACAUUCACAUCACCCUAACAACAACGGUCGCAUUGACCCCCACUCACCUCCCCACCUCCCCGUUUUGCUUGACUGUUUGUUUUCUCUUCCUUCGUUCUCUUUGUCUGUGUUUCACAUCGAAAAAAAUCCAAUGAAUUUAUUGUUUUCU